AAAAUGAGACGAAACAAAAAGCAUCAGAGGAGGAGCCUAUCUGACGUCACGAUGACACCACCGGAAGUUGCUUCGCCAUAAGCGUCAGCUCAGCUGAUAGCAGGAGAACGGAUCUCCCUCCCGCGAUCAAAGCACAGGAUGUCUGCCUAUCCCAAAUCCCACAAUCCUUUCGCUGAUGAUGAUGAUGAAGAGGACUCGGGGCGUGCAGCACCGAGAAGAGGCUUUAACUUCGACGAUGAUCCGGAGGAGAGUUCGCUGAGUCCGGCAGAGAGACGACAGAGACAGCUGCAGCAGGAAGUGAUGCGUACAGCGCAGUCGGCCGUGGACAGCAGCCACCGCUCGCUCGGACUCAUCUACGAAUCGGAGAAGGUUGGAUCCGAGACGGCAGAGGAACUGAUUCGACAGGGUGAAGCUUUGAAAAGGACUGAGAGAAUGAUUGACAACAUGGAGCAGGACAUGAGGACGAGCCAGAGGCACAUAAACACCAUUAAGAGUGUGUGGGGAGGCAUGGUCAACUAUUUCAAAGGCAAACCUGAACCUCCCAAACCUGCACAGAAGGACCAGCCGGUGUCCUACGAGGCCAACAGCAGAUUACAGAAUGCACUUGCGGAGAGCAAACAGCAGGAAGACAAAUAUCAAGCCAGCCAUCCGAACCUCAGGAAACUGGACACAUCUGGAUUCGGAGCUUCUGCUUCCCUGGAUAACGGGCCACCGGAUCAGAACGGAUAUCCUAAGAACAAACAGCUGCGGGCCGCACAUCAACAGCUGGACACCAACCUCGAUGAAAUGUCGUUGGGUCUGGGCCGUCUGAAGAAUCUGGGUCUGGGACUGCAGGCGGAGAUCGACGACCAGGACGUUUCUCUGGACUCUUUGCUCAAUAAGGUCGACACCAUGGACGGGAAGAUCAGCUCCACCAACCGGCAACUCAAAAACCUCAAAUAGACCCUGAGUGUGAUGUCACUUCCUGGAGGUGUGGCCAAGGUGCUGUCAGCCGUGAUCCAAAUCAAAAAAACAUUUUUCAUCUUCUCUCCAAGGGAAGUGUGUGUUUAUGUGUGUUGAAAGAGAAGUUCAACACUCAUUAUUUCAGUGCUGCCUUCAUUAAGUCGUCACUAACACAUGUCCGAUUAUACUAUGCAUCUGUGUGUGGUUUAAAGAUUGACGUGAAUAAACGGCUGAAGUUGAAAAUGUUACCUGUAAGAAAAGUAUGUCAGAGAUUCGCACACCAGACUUCAACCAUUUCAAUCAUUUUAACCACAUACCUUGCACUCCUUAACUGAACACAAUUCUAAUAUGGCCUAUCCUUAUAAAUUACUUUUUGCGCCCUUAUGAGAAAUCUGCUUUCGUCAGACACUUUUAUAAUGAUGUAUCCUCAUUUCCUGCUAGUACAGCCCAUGUAAGCACACUAAUCUGUGUAUAAAGGUGAUUAAAUAGUGAGAAAGAUAUUGGUCUGCCUUAAUGUUCACACUUGACUGAUCUCAGAAAGUGAGUGACUCUCAUUAUAGAGAUUAGUACUCAAGUCUUUAUGUUAAUCACUAUUUGUGAAUGCAACCCACAAAAUCGUGUUUUCUUUUUCAGGUCUAUAUUAGAGUAGCUUUGUAUGAUAUUACCAGACAGAAUCUGCUGAGGUGUAAUGUUGUACUCUUAAUAAAGCAAACAAUUUCUGUUUGAUGAAUGUGACAUGGAAUAUGUGAACAUAAAUAAAAUAUAAUGUUGUAA